UCAGCUCGCGUCGGACGUGCUCGCGAAUAUCAACCGUCAUGAAGUGUUUUGUUGUGGGAUUUUAGGUCCUAGAAACCCGUUUCAUUUGAAUCGUUAACAUCGGUGACGUUUGAUGUGCAUUCGCUCUUAACGUUUGUAAGUUGUUCUUUUCAUGUGUAUAACAUCGAUCCUGGCGUGGGCAGAUUUUGAACGCACAGAACGUGAUCUACGAAGGAAAAACGGAUUGCAUGUUAGUGAUGUAUAAAUAUGGCGUCCAAUGUUGGCCGUCACCUUGCCGCCGGAGCUGCAUAACUACCUGCUGCGUUCAAUAGAUUGUACAGUUCCAGGAUAAUCAUACAUGAAUUUAGUGGUUUUUGUACAGGCAAGCGGUUAUCUAUCACAAAGGGAAUAUUACUAGAAUAUGACAACCAAAGAUACUGAGACACCACUUCCAGUGCUCAAAUGUGAAUUUUAAAAUUUUUAACUCCAAAAACGAUCGCUCGACCCGAACAAACCACGCCAGGAGCAGUCGAAUUACCAUGUCAAAUAGCUGUGCAACUGACACCGCAACUCUAUCAACAAACUAUACCAUUGGUGUGUAAUUCUGGAACGCAUGCAAGCCAAUACAUCACGCAUCGUUGCCCAAUACCUCGGAGGGGGGAAGAUGUAUUAAAAAUUCCGCUUGUUGGCUUAAUUCUAUAUGCAAAAAAAAAUUACCAUAUUUUUUGUGCUCUUUGCCUUCAAACCAGUCUGCGCGAUCAGUGAUCUUACGGUGUGUUCCAGCUAUACGUGUGUCGGUUCACCAGUGUUUAAACCGCCGCAACUGUUCAUGAAUGUGUGCGUUUGAUCGUGCGCGCGUGAAGGUGUAUCAAUGAAGAAUUACUCCAGGAGAAUACCAAUUGCGCAAAACAUCAGCGGAUCGCACGAGGAAAAGUACGACCAAAGUGUUGUUAAAAAUAUUACAAAGAAAAGGAAACGUGUGGUAAGAAAACAACAACAGAAGAAAUAAUCCACUCUUUCUCUGUGCAUCUUGGUGACGGCAAGCUUCUUGCUGCAACGAGCGCGGCCGUUCGUUAUGCCAGGUGAGGCGGGUGAAAAGCCAACUUAACUAAACCCAAGUGAGUUCGACGAGGCUAUGAACAACGAACGGUCAUCUGAAAAGGAAAAGAAAACGCAUUCGUGCUGCCUUUUGGAAGAGUGCACAGUGGAAGUCCCGCCAGGAGAAGAUCAAAAUCAAUAGACCAUGUGAAACAGGACAAAUACCCCCAGACAUGCAUAAUGAGUCUACAGUACAAUCGACACGGGAGAAACAGCUCCCCAACAGUGUACCGGAAAACACGAAUCGCUCACCCUUGCACGAGGCGGCAUCGAAUGGCGACGAGGUGGCGGUGGAAGCACUGUUGGCUACUGGAGCCGACCGAAAUGCGAAGGAAUUACUGCAUGGCAAUACGCCACUGCACGAGGCCUCCUGGAAGGGUUACAGCCGCUGUGUAAAAAUCUUAUGUUCCUUGCCCAAAGUGCACAAACCGAUUAGUGCCAGCAACCACACGGGCGUUGGAGGUACUAAGCUGUCGAUCGAUCUAAUCAAAGACUCCAGCAAAAUCAAAAAUGUGCUACAAGAUACGAAAGGGGCGCUGCACAGUGCCCUUCUCGGAACCCGCAACUCUGGUGGAUUUUCGGCGCUACAUCUGGCGGCCCAGAAUGGGCACAAUCAAAGCUGUCGGGAAAUACUCCUAGCCGGAGCCGAUCCCGAUGUACAAAACAAUUACGGCGAUACCCCACUUCAUACAGCGUGCCGCUACGGACACGCCGGUGCCAUCCGAAUUCUUCUAUCGGCCAAAUGCGACUUUGAACGGAUCAACCUCAACGGCGACACGGCUCUGCACAUCGCCUGUGCCAUGGGUAGGCGUAAAUUGACCCGGAUUCUGCUCGAGGCGGGCUGCAAGCAAGACACUAAAAACGCCCAGGGUGAAACACCGAGGGAUAUCGCCAAUCGCAAAAAUCUGGUCGAAAUCAUCAACAUACUCAACACGCCGGCUCAGAUCUCAUCGCGACAAGCUCGCGAACGUAGUUCCAGCAGUUCCCACCGGAAGGAUCACGGUGUCAAAAAUGGGGAAAAAACACAGCACAACAAGGAGGACCGGAAAUCUCGCGAAAAAUCAAGAGGGCGAAGUAGUGGUCACGAUCCCCGGUACGAUGUUGACCCACAGCAUUGGUCCCCGUACGGAUGUCACUAUUUUCCGGAUCCACGGAACUUUCCUUCGCCCAAGCUGGAGACACUGCCCAAAGAACCAUUGGCUAAGGGAGAGCAGUACUUUCUCGAUUUGGCUGGUAACAUAAGAAAAGGACCGGUUGGCGUUGGGAACACCUGCUACUGUGCUCCAUUUUUCAAACAUUUGGAGCAGCGUAUGAACCAGAAUCGGAAAAGCAUCCGAAAGUAUGUUCAUCGUGCCACCGAGAAACUAGAUAGUAGGAUGACAGCGUUAGCAAUGAAAACAGAUGAUCAAAUCGAAGAGUUAACAAAGACUAUGAUUGCUAGCCGCGUACAAUGUGAGAACAAACGAUUGCACUUGGAACAAUGGCUGAAACGUGGUAUAGCGGAACGCUCUACUGGCCCUCAUAAUACCAAAACCAAAAAAGACGAAGCCAACACUAAUACCUUAACGCGUUGCCGCAGUCUAGAGCUGUUGGAUGGCAGCGACGACAUCCUUGUAGACCGUAUAAAAUCCUCAACGCCACAGUUCUCGCGUAGCAUCGAUUAUCUAGAUGCUCAAGACAACCUGUCAGAUCAUAGGCGACCUGAAUAUUCGGACCACUUUGAAAGUUCGAACAAUUCCAAUGUAAAAAAUCACUCAGAAAUAGAUGAACCAAACCGAAAAACGCAAUUGAAAAAGUUUGAUGCGGAGCAUCGGUUAAUGAAUGGUAGUAAACGAUCAUCCUCAAUCAGUCACUCCGGGCGGGAAAGCUAUUACUGCUCGGACAAGGAUAAUGACAAAGAGAAAAAUCAAGCGCACUUCCAGGAUCGGCUACCAAGCAACGCCUAUGGGGGUGGUAACUCAUCCAAGGAUGAGCGAAUGAUUGCUUCAUCUGCAGGUUCGUCCGGUUACGAUCACAAGAAUGAGAAAAUUAAAGUCACCGAACGACUGGAAGAGCUUCUGAGUAAAACUAAAAAAAUUCUCGAGUUAGAGAAGAUGAACAAGAAAAAACAUAGUGAUAACAAGUAUAUUCUGGCACUGGAUAGACUAAAGGACAUCCAUCAUUGCGAUAGUAAUCCUCAGGUGUAUCAACAAACAGCUUCAAAACAUGAGUCCAUGAAUCAUGGGUAUGAUAUCGCACAGGAAAUGGAAAAGAUUACCCAAUCAUUACUACCGGCAGCGCCAGUUUCCCCGGAAAUUUCCAAAGAUAUAACCACACGAAAAGAACGAACCUGUAAAAAUAGUAGUGGCGCCCAGGUUGCCACCGGAGUUACUAUUGGAAGUCCAGAUUCAACGCCUCACUCUACCAUGUCACCCAGUUCGUCAUUGCUAGGAGGUAACAGACAUUCCAAUCAUCUGAUGAGUAUUCACCCGGACGCGAUGGUUACUCAUAUGGCAUCCACUCACUUUUUUGAGGCAAUGUCGGAGCUGGCGAGCAACCAGGACUCAGAACAAGAACUGCAUGUGGACAGCGUGAAUGCUCCGAUGGUUAAUGGGUUUUAUGCAAAUAAUUGUUUUGAAGAUAUUCCUAGUUCAUCAAAUACCACUAUCAAAUCGGCUCCAAAUCACAGUAGAAAGAAACAACAAUCACAGAUGGAUGAAUUGAAUAAUGAUUCUAGUGAAAGCGAUGACGACGAAGUGGCUGAUGGCGACAUGGAGAAUAAAGAAAAUGCAGAAGGAUGUAAAUUUGAAGAUCGAGAAGAAGAGUGGGAAUCAGAUGAUCAAUGCGACCUUUCGGAUAUGGCAAAUCUUGCUCAGCUCAAGGAACUAAAAAGUAGAAUCCUGAAUGGCACAAACUGGAGAAGUCAAGUGCUGCAAAAGAGCGUUCACGAGCUUUUUCAAAAAGCUUCUGAGGAUAAAAAUGUUGUUGAAGAUGUGCAUCCGACAGUAACAGAUGAGAAAGAGCGAAAUAGUGCUGAUAGUGCAGAAACGAAUCGUGUGAAAUAUAUUAUUUCUAAACUUCAAAAUAGCUCUAUCCAACAAGUGGAUCCACCCAAAAGUCAAGCUCCGUACGUUCAAGAUGAUAAUUACUCAGAUACUAGUGAAGAGGAUGAUUUGGACUGCGUUGAUGGGCCACCUCCACUAGUCGAACGUCCGGUUACUGCCAAAAGUCUUAUAGAAAUGUACGAAAAGGCACUUCCAAAGGUUGAAAACCAUCCAGUGGCUGCUGUUCGGCAACAGUUUUUCAUACCAAAAGAUGCUUAUUUUCAUGAACUGCCAAACAAACCAAAACCUCCUAUGAAACCACCAGACCUAACCUCACAACUAUCACAUGCAGCCGUACCAGCUGAACAAAUGUCCCUUACGGCUCAUGCCAGAAGCCGAAACCCGCUUCCAUCUUACCUGAAUGACAAUGAAAUUUUUAACCCCAAUCAAAACCAAUAUCCAACCGUGAGCAAUUUUCACAGUAGACUGAAUCCUUCUCAUCAAUCCACUCCAGCUCUACACUAUCCUUCCCAGUCACCACCGUUUAUUAAUGGAAAUGACUACUUGUCCUCCUACCAGGCGCACUACGUACCACAGAUGCCAUUGCAGGAAAAACUACUCUCCAGUCGCAAAUACAUUAAACCAUCUGCUUCCUUCGCGAUUUCUGGCGGAAGCACGGGGACUCCAUCGCCUGAAUUUCCUUAUCAGCUUAGUGGGUCUAACCAGUCACAACAUCCAACACAGCUGCAUCUACCACAACAUCACCAUCAUCAUCAUUAUCAACAACAACAACAACAGCAGCAGCAGCAGUUCCGCAAAUCCCAGGAUAACCUUUCUAAUGACGACUCCGGAUAUAUCAGUGCCAAAGUAAGUGAAAUUCAUGGACCAGUGAUACCACACACCACAAACAGUGGCAGCUCUUCGCCAAUGCUGCAACAGCCCCCGCCGAUGGAGGUCAUCCCCAUGCCACGUCAGUUUAUACCUUACCAUUUGGGCAACGGAACGACUGGCUUGCUAGAUGGUGCCGUAGGCGCGCACAACAACACGACCACCGGAUCGACGUACGACGAACAGCAACACUAUAAUCUUGGUGCUUCGAGUUUAGUGUGAAACGUGUUAUUGAUUUAGUAAAGCAUAGUUAUAUUUAAAUUUGUACAAAGUUUUAAACAAUGCUUAACCUACCCAUUUUUAAAUUAUUAAACUUCAGCAGAAUUUAGAAUUAUUCUAUUGCUGAGCAGAAAGAUAAUCUUUUACACAGCAAAUGUAUACUAUUUUAAAACUGAAUAAAGUGUUUUAAACUGUGUUUUAUCGGACAUUUUAUUAUGCCAGUCGCUGUGCAUUG